AUGGGCCGCGGCAGCAAGACGACCAAGAAGAAUGGGAAGGAGAGCCUUCAGAAGAAGCAGACGGUGUGGUGCUCGUUCAUCUGGGUCGGUAUCGGCCUCGUCGUCGUCGUCGGCGCCUUCGCCAUCCUAAAGGUCUCGCGCCAGAGCGACGAGCUCCCGACGAAGAAGCCGAUCUUCCCGACGCAGUACGAGGCCAGCCUCACGUUCCGCAUGCCAUACGUCGGCCUCGUUGAGCCUGUCUUUGUGCAUGUCGACGAGCCCGCGGGCUUGCAAAAGCUCAGCUACUAUGGCGGCGUCGACGAGUACAUCUUCAACACGACGGGGUCGUCGUAUCAGCUGCUGCCCGUCAUUGACGCGAUCCAGUGCUUCCAGACGGACGCGUCGCCGCUCCAGCUCGUCUUUCCCAACAUGACGGCGUUCGAGCCCAUGUAUGGCAAGUCGGUGGUCAACUCGCGCAACUGCUACUCGUGGAAGUACAGCGUCGACUCGAAGCCCGACGCGCAGGGCCGCCUUGGCGUCUACACACUCUACGUCGACGUCGACACGAACGAGCCCGUUCGGUUCCACUACAUUGGCCACAACGUCAUGCUCGGGGGCAGCCACAUGGACGAAUACAUCCUCGACUACGAGUACAUCCGCGCCGGUCCCGUCGCGCCGCAGAUCUUCUCGUACCGCGUCGCGUCCAUGAAUUGCACACCGCUGGGCCCGGACGUUGUCAACGCGCCGCUGCGCCCGACGAACGACUUUCACUUGCGCAUGCCGGAUGGCGAGACGCAGCGUGCUGACGCGUUCGACGCGUUCAUGGCCGCCCACGAGAAGGCGUACGUCGAUGACUCGGAGCGCGCGCGCCGCGAGAGCAUCUUCCACGCCAACGUCCAAUACAUCAACGCGAUGAACCGCCAAGGCAACAGCUACACGCUGGCCGUCAACCACUUGGCCGACAAGACGCCCGACGAGAUGCGUCGCCACUUCCACGCCAAGGCGCGCCAUGCCAAGGACAAUGGUGCACAAUCUAGCGGCCUUGAUGACCUCGACCACUCGGUGCUGGCGGUCGGCUACACGACGUACAAUGGCGAAAAGUACACGCUCGUCAAGAACUCGUGGAGCACGCAUUGGGGUGAGAAGGGCUACAUCAAGAUUGCCCAGAAGAACAACAUUUGUGGCGUCGCGACCAUCGCGACCUACCCCGUGCUGCAGAAGACGGCGGCGUGA